AUGCCACUUACUCUCCCCUGCGAUGCGUGCUCGUUUAGACGAGUGAAAUGUGAUGGCAAGAACCCGUGUAGCACCUGUCUGCGUCGGGAGCAGUCGUGCACCUAUCUCAAGGUCCGAAAACGACGCGGUCCGAAAGGUCCCCGCAGGUCAACGAACGCCAGAGUCCAGGCCAUGCAGAAGCAUCUCGGGAUCGAGAAGAGCUGCUCCAUGCGAGAGUGCUCUAUACCGGCCUCCGACGAUACUCCCACAUCACCGGAGCCGAGUGAUGUUCUCCUGCCUUUCCCUAUCCGACGACGCAUCCCGCUGUCCACUUACUACACCUACAUCGAUAUCUUCCGCAGUCAACUUUAUACUGUGUGGCCUAUAGUCUCGACCAACGAAUUAAAGGCCCAAUUGAGAUAUAUUGAGAACACAGAGUCCUGUGCCCUGGCAGCGGCUCUCUGUGCGGCCACUCUGGCCCAGCUGCGUCUGCCAGGCCAUAGUCAAGCGCAGGAACAGUCCACCGUUACCUCGAGCGACUUUGUACGCGAGUGCAUUCGGGUUCGGACUGACUAUGACCAUCAAAGCAGUCCUACUCUGGAGUCACUUCUAACGUCUUUGUUUUUGCACAUGUACUACGCCAAUGUAGAUCAGAUCGCCCUCGCUACGUUUGCGCUGCGUGAUGCCAUUACCCACGCACAUCUGCUUAACCUUGGAAAUCGACAGCUGUUCAAGGAUUGCCAUGUCGAGGAGCGGCAGCUCCGGCUUCGUGUCUACUGGAUUCUUCUGGUUACAGAACGUACCUUUUGUAUGCAGCAUGACCUCCCUAUAACGCUACAGACGAUAGAAGAAUUACCCGUACCAGUCGAGGAUAGUGAUUCUGAUCCAGCAUUACUCAACGGUUUCUGCAGUCUUGUCCGACUCUUCACGCGAAUCGACGGGCCCCUGAUCCAAGCAGCGCAAAUGUCUACUCCACAUCCAGCAUAUUCACGGGCCAGGAUCGCAGAUAUCCAAGAGGCCCUGCAAACCGGAGCCACCAAAGACCCAAACAUUGACGAGGUCCAGCGUGUGGACAUUUGGAUAACUCUAGCAUGGCUAAGUUCCUUGCUCUGGCAGUACUCGGCGUCACAUUUCAUGCUCACAUCCGAGUCUUCCAACGAGUUCUUUGCCCCAAGUUAUCCGUUUAGUAUUGCGAAGAGCUUUCUCUCGUUGGUAUGCGGCGCAUCGCUUGAGUCGGUUCGGCCUCAUGGAUAUGGAAUGGAAAUCAAGCUGUUUCAACUGGCGAAUUCGUUAUUAGAUGUCCUCGUAUAUGUCCCUUCUUUAGCCGCGCCAUAUGAUGGCUCUGAAUGGGGCCCCCGACAUGCAGUAGUUGCCUUGGAGCACUUACUGGAUACCGUGGCUGGAGGGAAGUCUGAGAGACUGAAUAGGCUGCAUGCUCGCAUGGCAGAGAUCGAUUUCACACCGACUCCGAGGAGACCUUUAUCGGAGAGUGAAUGUGAUGAGGGAUUCCAAGAUCUCGACGAACCGUCUGUUGUUUACGAAAUACCGGGCGCACACAAGGCGGAUGACGGGGGUUCGAGAUAUAAACCAGGCUAUAAAUGUGCUGGAGGUGAGAUGAAAGAAGAUAUCUUGCAAACGACUGAAAGAGACGCUGAAUUCUCUUCUCUUUUCUCUGAGGUUGGCAUUGUAUCUCUCCUCCCAUGGUCGGGGGACGGAGGUGGCCUUCAGGAUAUUGGACAGGAAGGCAUUUCAUAUGGAUUCCCUGUUGAUAUUUUUACUCUGGAAUCUCAUAUACCCGAGAUUCCAGCUCAACCAGCGGCGUUUUCAUCCGCCGCGUUCGAAAUUUGA